AUGUCACGGCACGAAGAAGUACUACAAAAGCUCAAUCCUAAUCUAGAUACAAGACUGUAUGGAGAGGAACUAAUGCGACAAGUCAGCAUAAAAACUGGCCCAGGAUCAGGCUACAAUAUGGAUAAAUACCUUGUUGGAAUACCUGCAGUACUCAACAACGGCGAUGUAUCUGAACUUUCUGCGCGAACUAAUUCAUGCAUCGCCCCCGCAGAAUAUAGGAAAUUAUACGAUAUUGUUUACAAGAUUGUCGAUGAAAUGGAGAAAAGAGAGAUCGAAUAUGAUGUCCUCCACGAAAGAUACGGGACACAAUCGCUGCAUUCUGCUCUACAAACCUUCUUCAUUCAAGUCGAGAAAGAGUUACUGCGUCUUGACAAGUUACUGAAAUUACAGAUGAAGAUCGUCACUGCUACUGCGUACUUCUGGGUCUGUGUAUCUGCAAAGUUCAAAACCAUACCAGAUACAAUGGUUUACAGCAAGCAACUGGACUUACACAUGAAAAACUUUGUUCAUCUACUCGAGCUUCUAAAUGAGAACUGCAGUGCUCUCAAGAAAUCAAUCGAGCGUAAAUUCAAGGGGAAAAUUCCGUCUCUCACAAUUGAUAGCAACGUUGCCGUCGCUUCAACACCUCGCCAAUCACCUCGGAAGAAUAUUAACGACAUAGUUGAAGAACCAAUGACUCCUUCCAAACGACAGACGCGUCAAAGCAAUUCAGACCUACAGGCUAUGCUUGCAACCUCCCCAAUAAAACGUGUAACCAUGCCUUCUCCCACCAAAAUCGCUCAGCCAUCACCAUUGCGUGGGCUUCCAGGGAAAAAGGUUCCCAUUCGCGAACUCCCCUCCAAAGAUAGUCCGAAGAAGAGAGCCGUCGAAAAAAAUGGCGCUGAUGACAUGGAUAUAAAUUCUCCAGCAAUCACCGAGUCACCCUCGAAGAAGAGAAAGGUAGAGUCGCCUAUCAAGGCCAUCGCAGAAUUUUCUUCUGUCGUCGCUUCUCCAAGCACACGGAAGACCUCAGUGGUGCCCGAGGUUCUGAUUACAUCUGUAAAAAAGAACGUCGUGGAUACCACGCAUGCUUCUGCUUUGCGCUCAAGUCCACGAAAACAAGAGGUAGUUGUCGAAAGCGAAUCGUCAUCUGAUGAAAGUGAACCCGAAAUGAAUUCAUCGAGGCGGCGUUUCCGACCUGUAUAUCUAGAUCUCAAGCAGUGGAACGCCCGAGAUCCGCGACUCGAUAGGAUAUGGAAGAAAGCAGGCAAGCAAUGCAGAAAGCUUGCAGCGGCUGGGCCACCCGGAGAGUCGGACAGCAUGGAGAUUGACUGA